GGCUCUGAGCUCAGUCUGCUGGAUACCAGAGAGCGGAGAAAGUGAGAGAGAGUGGAGCCUUUAAAUCUCUGCGGUGCAGAGCUGGAAAAGCUCCUUCUCAGCUAAAAAACAGAAAAGGACACCUGACGUCCUGUUUACUCUGCUUCCUUGCCCGUUUUGGGCUUUUUUCCUGGAGAAAAAACGGACUAAUAACCAAGAGAUUGCGACGUGGACUGGUGCCCGUCUCUGCGCGCAAACGUGGUAUUUCUUCCAUUAUUAUUAUUGUUAUUUAUACUUUUGUGAACACUUCUGCUGGAAAGGACUGGGGUUUUGUCUCCGCUCUGAGGCGCGCUGAUUUCUACCUCCUGCCUGGUUGCUGACAGAGCAGAAGUAGGCUGCACGACGCUGAGCGCUGAGCUUUAGUCUGAAAGUUUUCCUCCACAACUUUUUUUCCCCCUUUUUCCGCAUAUCACUGUGUUUCAUGCUACAGCAAGUCGGUGAGGAGCGGUGGGGGAGCCAAACAUAGUAUUGCAUGAAACAAGGAAGGAGGGAAGAGACUUUGAUUAAUAAGUCUGAUUUUGCGACGCUUGCCAGUACUUUUGCGUAUCUGCAGAAGAGUCGAGACAGCAGCAUGAGCGCAGAACUGAGCAUGGGCCCGGAGCUGCCCAGCAGCCCUCUGGCUCUGGAAUAUGUCAACGACUUUGAUCUGAUGAAGUUUGACGUGAAGAAGGAGGGCCUGGCCGGGCUGGAUCGCAACGGUGUGCGCCAGUGUAACCGUCUCCAGCCCCAGGGCUCCGUGUCUUCCACUCCCAUUAGCACACCCUGCAGCUCGGUACCCUCUUCGCCCAGUUUCAGCCCCACGGAGCAGAAACACCACCUAGAGGAGCUGUACUGGAUGCCGAACAGCGGGUAUCACCAACAGAUAGACCCGCAGACGCUGAGUCUGACCCCCGAGGACGCAGUGGAGGCCCUGAUUGGUGCAACAGCGCACGGCCACCCCCAGCCUCCACACGUCAUGCAGCAGCUGCAGCAGCAGCAAGGCGCUUUCGAGGGCUACCGGGGCCCACACCACCACCACAACCAUCAUGGUCACGGUCAGCAGCACCAUCACCCAUAUGCGGGGGGCAUCCCACAUCACGCAGAGGAGCUGUCUGGGCUCCCUAGCGGACACAACCACCCGCACAGCCAGCAUCACCAUCACCACAGCCAGGACCCCGACAGCCCGUCCCCUGUUUCCCCAGACUCCCACCAGCCACUCCAUCACCACCGCCACCAUCACCACCACCACCCGCACGGUCACCUGAGCCAGUCGGCGGGGCACCACGGCGCAGGCAGCGGGCUCAACGUGGAGGACCGCUUCUCGGACGAGCAGCUGGUUUCCAUGUCGGUGCGGGAGCUCAACAGACACCUGCGGGGCUUCACCAAGGAUGAGGUCAUCCGCCUCAAGCAGAAGCGGAGGACCCUGAAGAACCGGGGCUACGCGCAGUCCUGCAGGUUCAAGCGCGUGCAGCAGAAGCACGUGCUGGAGAACGAGAAGACGCAACUGAUGAACCAAGUGGAGCAGCUGAAGGCGGAGAUCAGCCGGCUGGCGAGGGAGAGGGACGCCUACAAACUCAAGUGCGAGAAGCUGACGGGGUCGGGGGCCAGUAAUGGGUUCCGCGAGGCCGGCUCGACCAGCGACAACCCCUCAUCUCCAGAGUUCUUCAUGAGGAUCGGCUGAUGAUGAACUUUCUUCUCCUCUGAAGCUGUGGGUGCGCUCCCAAUUCAUGACAUCAACACGCAGGCCUGCAGCCUCUCACCCCUGCGACGCAUUCGACAAGUGGGCCAGCAGUUUGAGAUAAAAAGAGAACAAACUCCCAAAAAAAUCUCACUUAUGCAAAUUAAACAAACUCUGAUGGAGAAGGAAUGGGAGGAGGGACGUUUUAUGCAACAUCUCAUUGAUUUAUUGCCUGCUUGGUUAUAUUCGAAUAUAUAUGUAGAAACAAACAAAAAAAAUCUGCAUUGAAUAUUAAUCCUGCAUGCUGGACAUGUACGGUAAUAAUUUCUAUUUUGUACUUUCAUCUUCUUGUGUAUAUUAAGAGCAUGUCUUUGAUCUGCGCUUCUCUAUAUUUUUCUUUUUAUGUUUUGUGUGUGUGUGUGUGUGUGUGUGUGUGUGUGUGUGUGUGUGUGUGUGCGUGCGUGCGUGUGUGUGUGUGUGUGUGUGUGUGUGUGUGGGGGGGGGGGGGGUGUAUGGGAACUGCAGCAGGGACAGAACAGCAGGACUGCCGGGGAGGAACUAUCACGGGUGUGGGUUGUUUCUUUUUGGGCUUGUAAAUAUUCUGCCAUCACAAAAACUGCACAACAAGAUUGAGGAGGCUGGUUUGAACUUCUUUUGUCUUUGUGUUGUGUUUUUUAUUACAUUUAUUUUUGUUUAUCAUUUGAGAGGAGGGGGGUUGGUGGUUGAAAGAGUAAAGUGCAUUUAUUUAGUUGCAUUUAAACUGUGUCAAGUGCACUUUUGGAUUUUUUUGAAAGUUUUCAAUUUGAAGUUUGCUCAGACCCCCCUUCAGGAAGACAUUCCAUGUUCUAUCUUCUCGUAAUAUUUUUCAUAGCAGGCCUAAGUGUAAAGUUUUGGUAUGCGCGUGAAGUGUGAGGAUGAUGAAAUAGCGUAACUAGCGCAAAAUCGAUUGAAAUACUCUUUUUUGGUUAUAUUUAUCGAAAUAAAUGAAUAAAUUACGAGUGUUUCUUUUACAUUUACACUCAAACAAAAUGUUUUUGACUAAAAAACAACCCACACACACUUCUUAAUCUGCCACCUGUUGCGUAUUUACACUGGGGCUCACAUAAACACUUUUUUAUCACAAGUACUUAAAAACGUGUCAAACGUUAGUGAUUAUAUAACAUGUUUUGAUACCAAGUUUUACUAAAAUUCUAUGUUUUCCUGAUUUUUUCCCUGCAGGUCAGUAAAAAAAGGGGACUCAGGUUGUUCAAAUCUUCAAAAUGAAAACCAUAUUUUUUAAUUACUUAUAUUUUGUUCCUGCUUCUGUUAUUAUUAUUAUUAAUAUUAUUUGAUGAUUCUGGUUCUGCUGGCCAGAUGCGUAGUAAUGUUGUUUUUCUAUUUUAAUGAUUUAAAUUAAAGUGUCAGAUCAUAUCGAUUAAGCAUGGUGCUUGCAUUAAAAACUGUCGUUGAAAGUCACGCAUCUAACAAUCUUUUUGGGUUUUGUUGAUUCAACUGUGUUGAAAUCGAACUGAAAAACUGCAGCAGCGGGUUGUUGUUUUGUUUUCACCAAUUCCAUAAGUAAAGCGAUGAUAUGAUGAUGGUGAUGAUGAUAAUGGGGAAGGGAAUUAAUUUUCAGUCCUGUUUAUAUAAAUAAUAGUAACACUUAAAUUUGAAAUGUUCCAUUCAGGCUGGUUUCUGUUUUGUCUUUUUGUUGUUUUUGGAAAAAAAUGUUUCCUAUUUUGCUUAUUAAAGUCAUUGAAAUGGCGA